GCGGCGCAUGCGCGUUGUGCUCCGUAGACUUGGAGGUGUCCGCGUGAACAGGGCGGCGUUUCUAUGGUGAGAAGAUCUUUAAUGGGCCACAUGGACCCGGACACAUCACCCUCUGUGUCUGCUCUCAGCGCGUUUAACAACGCGACGCUUUACAUCCGCGAGUUACACCUAUCUGGAUCUGUGUCUCAGGUCUGUCGCGAUAGUGUUUUACAAUUUAAAUGUCGUGUUUAAGGCCGUUUGACGCCAAACGGGGGGCUUUUGUGUAACGAUCCGCUUCGGCGAAGAAUAGUCCGGACGAAGAAUCCAAAAUUCGUAAUACACCGACUGACGCCCAGUCGUGAUCAUGAUCCGUGUGCGUUGCAUCUCAUAAGUGUCGUUAUAAAUCUAGACGCAUCGCUGUUUUUUUCUCAUCAAGGAUCGUAUUGUCGGCGUGGAUCUGAUGCAGCAUCUCUCCGGCUGAGGUGGGCGCCUCCUGGAUCAUUUCAUCCUUCUUGCUCUGAAUACAGAUUUGAAGUUAAUGUUUCGCCAAGAGGUCGGCGUCCUGUCCUUCAUUCCGUCUUGUUCGUACCUUUUCCAAUACGAGAAGAGGAACAUGUCUCGAUAUAACAUCUACAGUCUGCUGGACUGGAUGUAUGGCGGGGUGGACCCCAAGUUUGAGGGCAAUGGAGGGCCCGAGUGCGCAGCCUUCAUCUCCCCGCAACAGAGGAUUGUUGAGAGUCUGAUCAUUGUGUCCAUCUCUGUGCUGGAGGUGCUGCUGGCCAUCAAAAAGAUUCAUGUCCCUAAAGAUGUGGGACGCAAGGGCAGAGAAGACAGCUGGGGCAAGAACCUGUUGCUGGUGGCCCUUUGCAUGACUUUUGGAGUGGAGGUCGGGUUCAAGUUCGCCACAAAGACUGUGAUCUACCUCCUCAACCCAUGCCAUGUGGUCACAGUGGUGCAAAUCAUCCUGCUCGCAUGUCCACCUAGCAAAAUGGCUAUGAUCAUCUUUAGGCUUCAGGUUCACAUGCUGAAUGGGGCUCUUCUAGCGCUUCUCUUUCCAGUUGUCAACACCAGACUGCUGCCUUUUGAGAAGGAGAUAUAUUAUAUUCAACACUCCAUGCUGUAUCUUGUGCCAGUCUACCUCUUAAGAAAAGGAGGUGUGUAUAAACCGGAGCCGCUGGCUGACAUGUGGUGGUCGCUGUUGUCCACAGGCAUCCUCUUCCUUUAUCACUUUGUGUUCCUACAGGUUCUUGGAAUGCUGACGGAAGUAAAUCUCAACAACAUGCUGUGUCCUGCUGUCUCGGACCCCUUUUAUGGGCCGUGGUACCGGGUGUGGGCGGUGGGCCACCAGACCGCCCUGACAUUACUCCACGGCAAGGCUUUGACCAUCCUCACGCAGCACACCGCCCCCACGUGCCGGUAUCUACUGGACAUAGUGUGUCUACGCAACAAGAAAGUGGACUAACGGUUUUUUAAAUUGGCUGUGUUGGACGAAACCUCUUGGUAGCUAUGUAACGUUCAUGUAGAAUCCCAUGAAUACAGAACUGUUACAUAACAUUUUAUUUGUCAUUGGCAGUACCAGUACCAGGUUUUGUUCAAAUCAUAGGUCACACUUGCAAGGUCACAGUAGGACUCGAGUGACACAAACUUGUUCCGUUUGGUUUGGAAUCUUCGCAAAAUGAAGAUUGGGUGAACACAAAACCAGAAGUAACCUUUGUCAAGUUGCCGCCUUUAGCUACUCAUCUAACAGUGAAAUGGGGCCAACCCAGUUCCUUUUACAUCCGCUGUAUCUCUGUCAUCAGCACUGUAUUUCCUGUAAGUCUCGCUUGCCGAUGAAUCGUGCUGCCAUUUUAAAAGUUGUGCAUAUUGUUGACGUUUUGCGGAAAACAUCUGUGUCGUGGUACUGUAUGUUUGGGAGAUUUCACAGGGUAUAUUCAAGUCCAUAGUAAGUUUUUUUUUUUUGUGAUACAGGUGUGUAAAUAAACAUGUCAAAGCCAUUACCUUUGGCCACGCCCACCUAACCCUUUCUAUUGGCUGAAGGUGCUGCUUGAUUGACUGGCCCUGCCCGGCUGAUGCUGUUAUCUGAGGAAAACAGCCUUUACGUGUCAUGUACAUGGACUGUAGAUAGCCAGUACAAUAAUUUUAAUGCUUGUUAUUUUUCUGUCAUUAUUUCUUGUAAUGUUCUCAACUGAUCCUGUUCCCUGUGAUUUAUAAAUUGUGUUCUUAUUGAUUUUACAAACAGUCAAGACUGAUCAGUUUUAGAGGAGAGCAUUUUAUUUGUUUCAUUUCGGGGAGAGAGUAUCAGUUUUCGUGAAUGUCUUUUGGCCAGUUCCCCUCAAACACGCCCUGUACUUGGUGUCAUCUACAGUUGCACAUCAAGGAAUCAGGCCCAGAAACGAAGGCAUUCUCAAGAGUCGUGCUGAAUGCAGUGGCCCAUUGAAUUAUGGGAUUGCUCUCAUUUCAAAGUAACUCGACUGAAACAGAAUCCUGUGACAGUUAGUCUUGAUGUCUUUUUGUACAUGUUUUUGUGAAAUGUGUACUGUAUUAAAAAUCUUCCAAAACUCUCCAUCCUGUGUAUUAAGUAUCCAUCAGAAAUACAACCAUUAAAGCACAUAACAUUCGAUGCUUGUUCUUAGAUAUUUUUUUAUUGGAUAAAUGAUUUAAAAGGUGGUAACAAUGUUUUAAAACUACAUUAUCAUUGCAACAGCCAUUGCUCACAUACCCACAAAUAUCCCAUCAAUAUGCCACCCCUCCCCCAACAUAUGUUGAACUUUUUUUGUUUAUUUUGUCAUUUUUUGGAGCCAUUCUACUAUAAUUCAUAAUAAAUGACCAUUUCAAGUCUCGUCACUAACAGCAAUUCAAUGGAGUAAAGGGUCUAUUUCUACAGGGGAUUUGUGUGUGUGGGUUUUUUUUUUUUAAGUAUUUUCUUCAUUUCUUUUCUGGUAAAUUUUCACCCAUUUGUUAAUUAAAAAAUUUCAAGUUUCUAAAGCUAAGAGAAUUCAAAAUCAAAAUAGAAACAAUAAAACAGUGGUGGGUGUAGGGGGCUACGCCAGGCAACCCCAGCGCCCGCACCGACAGCCGUCCGUCAUCGUGGGGCACAUUCAAAACUGCUCAAAGUUCCAGAACAUAGAAAACCACUAAAAUAAUAUUAGAAACUAGGUCCAAUUUUUUUUUAAAAGAAUCAACUCGAUGUACAAAAACAGUCAAUGUGUUUACUUGUUUUUUUUUUUUUGUAUUUUUACAAAAAGGUCUUCAUACAAGUUUAUUGUAGAUCUUACAUUUAUUAUUUUUAUCAUCAUCAUCAUUAUACUUUUUUUUCUAUAUCAGUGCGAUUGUAUGCCAGUGCAGCUACUGGGUCCAGAGUAAAGAAAAGAGACUUUUUUUCUCCUUAAAUGGCAUUUAAAAAUAAGGAUUAACGCAUCUUUUGUACAAAGUAUAACUGCUGGUCUUAGGAAAAACACAUUAAGAAACCCAUAAAUCUAAGAGGCACGCUAUGGGGUUCUUCCUUUACAAAAAUAUAUAAUAACGAUGAAAAACAAAAUAAAAAAAUGUGCAACCUAGCAUUACGGUCAUUGAUACCGCGUGAGGAAUCAAAGACAGCUACAAUGAAAAUUCAUUGAACGUAGGUUGCUAAAAACCUUAAACAAUAUUAGAAAUUGUACAAAACCAAGGAAAACAUACACAGAAAUAAAAACAACAUGUCUCUUGCAGGAAAGGUUUUUGGAAGGACAGGAAGGCAGGUCUGUACAGCAGCAUUUGGACAUGGCUGGAGGCAUCUUUGGUUCGGUUGAACACACAAAGGUGACAUGGGCCUAACACAUUCCAAAUGACUAUGGGUUUGAUGGGGCUUGCGAAGCUCGAAUCAUUUUGACUAAAACGUCAGCGGUUUGAGAGUUACAAAAACGUGGAACACUUAAACAACAAACAAACAAACAAAAAAAUCCACAGUAUUCAAACACGCAUUCAAUAUAGCCAACUUGAAAUUUCGCUGUCCAUGGCCCCGUGAAUUCCGGUGUUGCGAUCGAUACGUUUCUACAGUGUUCAAAUGUGCGUUUACUCGAGGGCCGACACAUCGUUCUCAAUUAUAGAGUAUCUCAAAAAUCAGCCGAUAUCCCCAAAGUACAUCUUUAAAGUGGACUAUGAGAAUCAGUAAAUAUUCCUAUUCAAGUAUCAAUCUGUAGUCGUUCACAAUCUGACAAGAUACCGAUUUGACCAGAAGCGCGCAGACGAUAACGUCACUACUAGAUAAGCGACACGCGUUCGUCUGUCCAACAAACCGAACUGGUGUUUGAACAGAACGUCAGUGAAGUUUAGGCCGUGUUUAGGCAACAACUUCCCUGCCUCUUGAACUAACGUUACCGGCUGGUAAAAUGUACACAUACACGGCGUACACGUGCGCAGAGCGAAACUCCGGGUUAUUGUGUAUAGUGCAGAUCUACAAGAGAUGAGAUGAUGCGUAUGCCCGUAUCCCCCAGGCCAUGAGGGAAGGUUGGGGGGACAGACUCCUGACUACAUGUCCUUUCAAACCUGCAGGAGAUUGUUACACUGGUAGGAAAAAAAAAGAAA